AUGGCGUUUCGUAGUGUAAUUGCAAGGCCCUUGUGGCAUGCUGCUCGUGCUUGUAAAAGAUCUCCUCAAGUACUUGGUGGUUCAUGGCGAUUGUGUUCUGCGAAGUCGAGUCUUGAUGAGCCAGGUAUGAGUAGGUAAACUGUAUUUUUCCGAGUAGAAAGAAGUUUGUACAUACAUAAAUCAAAGCUGUCUUUUAUUUAAGCCCUCUUUGGUCUUAAGAAAUUUUCUCUGCAGAAGUGGAUGCGAGGUUUUGGAAAAUCCUUACAGAUUUGUUUGCAUUACUAACCGCGAUGCAAAUAGUUUGCCACAUCACAAAGAUUUAUAUCUGUCGACCUGUGCCGUCACGCAAGUAAAUGAGAUUGCUCGAUUAAAAAAAAAAUCGGGCAAAUCACACACCAGUUACGGUUCCACUGCAAAUUAAUUAAACCACAUUAACUACACCUGUUUUCAAGAAUAAGUUUUUAAUGCCAUAGAGGUAGGAGUUCUAAGACAGAGUGUGUAUGUGAAUUUUUUUUUUUGUAUUUACUGUUUUACUCACGAUGACGACAAUUUCACAUUUGAAUAGGUUACUUUGACUACAAGUUUUUUUUAGUACAGUAACCCAAUUGUUUGAUCUUUAGCUCUCCAUAAAGGGAAUAGUUAAUCUCUUACUGUGAUUUAAUGUCUUUCAUUCAGAUUUUGAAACUCACAGGGACAAGAAGUUAUUUACCCCUGGCCCUCUCGGCGUCAGCUUUGAAACAAAGAGGGCCAUGCUGCGGGACCUUGGUUCGCGUGACACGGAGUUUAUACGGGUUGUGAAAACAAUUCGUUCGAGGCUCUUGGAAAUUGCUGGUGUUUCUCCUGAAGUGUUCACCACUGUAUUACUUCAGGGUAGCGGAACAUAUGCUGUGGAGGCUGUACUCACCACCACAACCCCCAGAGAAGGAGGGAAAGUUUUCAUUAUUGAAUGUGGUUCCUAUGGCAAGAGAAUGAUGAAGAUUUGUGAAGUUGCGGGGAUAGAAACGGUUUGUUUUUACUAGUUCCUUUGAGUAUGUUGAUCUCUGAUGGUUAAAUUAACUUUGGAGAAGGUUUCCAUUUUUAAUAUUGUUAACCUUAUAGUACUGGUACAUGUACAUGUACAUGUACAUGUACCAAUCCAAGUCUGAAUUUUUUAUUUCAGUCAGGAAAGAUAAUACCUUGGGUGGAAAUUUUUGUCACAGAUUGGAAAUGAGAGAGAUGUUUGAAAUAAGGUGUUUAGUUUAAACUUUAUGCUCCAGGAAAAUGUGAUUGCUUUUGAUUUGGUUAAGGGUUCAUGUUUUCAUGCAAGUCAAUUGUGAUCAUCGAUGUAGACACUAGAGACCAUAUAGUUAAAACAUGAACACUUUCAUCUGCUGUAAACUCUUCAAGUAUUCAGUUAUAGGUAGAUAAAUGGUGAUAUAUUUCUUUGAGCAUCCAACACAACUUUCCAACUGUAGCUGGGAGUUUUGCAUUUAACCAGUAUAAAGAAUUGCGAGAAACGCAGUGGUCUAUUGUUUAGUGUGCUGGGCUUUGCGUCUGAAUGCCUGGGUCUGUGAAGGCCUGAUGAAGUGCUGGGAGUAAAUUUUCAUAUGGUGUGUAUCUGUUGUUCAGGUUGUAUUUCACGGAGCAGAGGAUUCCAAAGUAGAUUUAAAGAAAGUUGAAGAAAUCCUGAAAAGUGAUAAAUCCAUCACCAAUGUUGCCAUGGUGCACUGUGAAACCUCCACAGGUGUUAUACAUCCAGUUGCUGAAGUAGGAAAACUUGUGAAAGCACAUGCUCCAGAUGCAUCAUUUUUUGUUGAUGCUAUGAGCAGCUUUGGGGCAGUUCCACUCAAUUUAGAUCUAGCAAACAUUGACUUCAUGGUGAGCUCAGCUAACAAGUGUAUAGAAGGUGUUCCUGGGUUCUCCUUUGUAAUUGGCCAUAUUGAAUCCUUGAAGAAAUGUAAAGGAUGGGCACGUAGUUUAUCUCUGGACAUUGUUGAUCAGUAUGAAGGACUUAACCAGAACGGCCAGUUUAGGUUCACCCCAGCAACUCACGCCAUGCUUGCUUUCCGACGAGCUUUGUCUGAGUUCAAGGCUGAAGGUGGAGUGGAUGGAAGAGCGAACAGGUGAGCAGCUUUAUUCCUAGAGAUUGAAAGACUAUCUAAGUGAACUGAUUAUGCCAAAAUAUUUCAUAAUGAAUUAUAGCAUCAUCAUAACCAGUAUAGGAGAAGAAGCCAGGUGUUUGGUAUACAGAUAUGUACCUUUUUUGUAAUGUUUAAGUCUGUGAAAGUUACUCCCUUUUAUUCUCAUAGAUACAUGGAGAACUGCAACCUUCUUCAAGAUGGCAUGCGGAAAAUGGGUUUCAAGAAGUUUCUAGAUGACACCCAUGAAGGGUACAUUAUAACUUCCUACUACAACCCCAAGCAUCCAAACUACAACUUUGAAGAUUUUUACAAUCGGCUAAACAGUAAGGACCAGGUCAUCUACCCUGGUAAAGUAAGCACUGCUGACUGCUUCAGAAUUGGUAACAUCGGAAAACUGUAUCCUGCUGAUAUGCAGCAUUUGUUGAAGUGUAUAGAAGAAGUGUUAGGUGAAAUGGGAAUACCUGUUCCCCUAGAAGAGUAAACAAAGAGACAGUAGACUAGUUAUGUGCACCAUUUUAUGGUGUGAUAUACAUAGGCCAUUUCUGAGUUCUAAAAAUCCUCACUUUCUAAUUUUGACCAAGAGCAAAAUUUUCAGGUAUUAAUGGGUUACAGUUACUUAACUAUUAAAAUAAUUUUCCAAUGAAUAGCUUUGCACUUUCCACUGAAACAGAGGCUUUUUGCAUCUCAGAAAUGGCUCAUUAGUACAGUGCUCUUAGCUGCAUUGUUCACACCUAAUAUCAAAAAGGUUUUUCAAAGGCAUGCUUGCUGGAAUAAUUUUGAUGUGGAAAUGAAAUUAAUUUUAAUAUAGUUUAUGAAUAAGAUUUAUGUCUUAAAAGAGCAGAGCAAUCACAUCUUUUACAGAUAACAAGAACUCAUUUAGCAUGCAAAAUAACUCAGAGAAUUUGAGCUGAACAGGGGAUAAGGCAAAAACAAGUAAUCAGCAGAAAAUGCACUAGGAGUAAAGCCAAAUUUUGCAGAUAAACUGUACAUGUAAGUGGCAGUGGUGUGUAAGUGUUAGUAGUUUGAUUGGAAUGAUAGCCACUUUGCACCAUGAUUUAUGAAAUUAAUUUGAUGAGACAGCAAAUGCAAUCUCAUUAUUACAUUUGAAAAGUAAGUGUUUUCAUAUUGCUUAAGAUUUUUGGGCACAAUUAGCUUUCACCAAAUUAUGGCACAUUUGUUAGAAGUGUUAGGGUCAGUGAUAUGAUAUGGGUCAGUAAUAUGAUUUUGAAAAUAGCUACCACACAAUUUAUUAUGUUGUAAAAGGAGAAAAUAAAAGAAUUUUCUGUUGUUAUAAUAAUUUACACUGAAAUAAGUUAAAUCAGAUUUCCUUUUUGUUGUUUCCUGUGAGGUACUUUAGAUGUCAUACGUAAAUAGUAUUCCCUUAGAAUAAUCCCAUCCAUAUGAUUUAGUGGAAAGUUAUUUAUUUGAACAAUUUUCUUUUUUGAGAUAAUUCUUCAGAAAUAAUAAGGAUAAAUUUAAUUUUUCUAUUUUUUUCCUUGUCACUUUUUUCAAAGUGACUUUUCUGUAUUACUGAGAGUGUUAUUUUGUGAGAGGACCAUAAUACAAGAUGGUGUGUUUUUUGGAAGUAAUGUGAUUUGAUACCAUAAGAGACAGAGCAGAGUGUCUGUUUUAAUGAAGUGUUAGUUUUUACAGUGGUCAUUCCAUGCUACAUAUAGACUCCAAGCAACAAUUUUUAAGCAUGUAAUGGCUAAAAGCAUGCAGAAGCAGCAUCCAAAUUAAUAAAUGCAUAGUAACUUUCUAAUAUAAAGAAAAUAAAUAAAUUAGUUAGUAGUUUCCAAAAAGGAUCUUUCUAAUGUUUAGAAGUGCAGAAUAAUUAAGAACAGUAAAAUAAUUUAACUGUAAGUAGUGAUUUAAAAAGUCUUUUGGGAGUCUUGUUAGAUGGAAACAAACAAUAGAUUUCCUUGAUUAGGUAACAGAACUAAUUAAAUGGUAUUGAAUGCGUAAUAAUGUCUGAAAAAAGUUACCCCUGCUAUUAUCCUCUUAUCCGCC